CCAAGGCCCCUGUGAUUGUUGAACGCUGGAUCAUAAUUAAUAGACUGCGUCUCCUCCAGCGGCCUUAUACCGGGUCUCUUCUGGUGUCGUCCUGUUUGGCUCGAUUUCCCCAUAAUCGCCCUCUUCCGCCCUUCCGAAGCUCUUUUCUUGACAUCAUUUCCCGGUUCCAGGAACACCACCCAUCAAAGCUUGCCUCGCGGCGCGCGCGUCCUUCCUGGCACGUUUCCUUUGUCGUGCACAUUUGCCUGGCUUGAGAAGACCGUUACGAGGAACAUUGUCGUAUAUAAUAUCCGGCGUUACAUGAUGCCGCCUUUGACGGCUUUGGCUGGUAUCCCCCUCAAAGUCGCCAUUCCCGCUGCUGCAACGACUCUAGCCUACCUGAACGCCAGAUGGUCCGUGUCGCACGAUGUGGCUCUCGGUCGGGCCUUCGCUCAUACAGUCUUGCAGCCGGCGUUGGCCGAACGUAAUGAUCGCCUGAACCUCUUUUACCUCCUGGAGUACUACGCUCUCAGCCCGAAGCUAGCCAACAACACCUGGAUUGUAUACAAUGGCCGCAGUUGGACGUUCCACGAGGGGUACGAGAUGGUAUUACGCUAUGGCCACUGGCUCAAGACGGUUCACGGGGUUAAGCCCAAGGAGAUCGUGGCCAUGGACUUUAUGAACUCGUCGACCUUCAUCUUCUUGAUGUUCGGUCUCUGGAGUAUCGGUGCCGUGCCCGCCUUUAUCAACUACAACUUGAGUGGCAAGCCUCUGACGCACUCGGUGAAGGCGUCCACCGCAAGGUUGCUGUUCGUCGAUGAGGAUGUUCGGGAGUGCUUCCCGCAGGAACAGCUGGAUAUCUUUACGUCUCCGGAUUUCCAUGAGGACAAGGGUCCGAUGACUGUCGUCUUCUUUACCCCAGAUCUGGAGGCGCAGAUUCUGCAGACGCAGCCGGUCCGUGAGGAUGACAGAGCGCGACAGGGCGUCAUCCGCCGCGACAUGGCCAUCUUGAUCUACACCAGCGGCACAACGGGCUUGCCCAAACCCGCUAUUGUCAGCUGGGCCAAGUGUUACGCCGGCGGUUAUUUUUCCGGCUCUUAUAUGGGUUUGAAACAGUCCGAUCGAUUCUACACGUGUAUGCCUCUCUACCAUUCAUCCGCCACGCUCAUGUGCUUCUGUGCUUGUUUAACGGUCGGAUGCACAUGUAUCAUCGGCCGGAAAUUUUCUGCCCGUAAUUUCUGGAAAGAGGUCCGCGAGAAUGAUGCGACUGCGGUUCAAUACGUCGGUGAAACCAUGCGCUAUCUUCUUGCCGUCCCUCCCGAGGUCGAUCCCGUGACGGGCGAGGAUCUUGACAAGAAGCACAAUGUACGAAUUAUCUUUGGCAACGGACUACGCCCGGACGUCUGGAAUAAGGUCAAGGAGCGUUUCAAUAUCCCAACUGUAUGCGAAUUCUACGCAUCUACAGAGGGUAGCUCGGCCACGUGGAACUUAUCAUCGAACAGCCACAGUGCGGGUGCUAUUGGUAGGAAUGGCGCCAUCGCCAGAUUUGUCUUCGAACGUCGCCAUGCCAUUGUUGCUGUAGACCAUGAGAGUCAGCAGCCCUGGCGGGAUCCCAAGACGGGGCUUUGCAAGGCGGUGCCUCGGGGAGAACCGGGCGAGCUGCUGCUUGCUCUCGAUGCCAAGGACACUGAAGCCAUGUUCCAGGGUUACUUCAAGAACAACAAGGCGACAGAAGACAAGAUCAUCCGCGAUGUAUUAACCAAGGGUGACGCCUAUUUCCGCACUGGCGAUAUGAUUCGGUGGGACAGCAAUGGUCUGUGGUACUUCUCUGAUCGCAUGGGCGAUACCUUCCGGUGGAGGAGUGAGAAUGUUUCCACGAGUGAAGUUGCUGAAGUACUGGGAGCGCACCCUGAAGUGCACGAGGCCAACGUCUACGGCGUUGCCUUACCUCACCACGACGGGCGUGCUGGAUGCGCUGCCAUCGUCUUUAGACAUCAGGCCCAGAAUACAGACCCUUCGUCAGGGGUCAUUGACCCGUCACCCCAGGUGCUUGGUGACGUUGCAUCCUACGCAUUGAAGAACCUGCCCAAAUACGCGGUGCCCAUCUUCCUGCGCGUGACGCCAGAGAUGCAGGCGACGGGGAAUAACAAGCAACAGAAGCAUGUCCUGCAAAAGGAAGGCGUGGAUCCUUCCAAGGUGAAUGCCAAAGACAAGCUAUAUUGGCUUCGGGGUGCUACGUAUGUGCCAUUCCAGCAGAAGGACUGGGAGAGGUUGAAUGCCGGGCAGGUCAGGCUUUGAUUCCUAUCUGUUUGAAAAUUGUGUCUUUCUUCUUCCCCUUCCUUUUGUCCUAGAACCAACCCUGUUCCUGAACGCAACUGCGUGUAAUACCCCGUAUUAUUCGUAGAUCUCUUGUUAUAUAAUAACUAUAGAAGAGUGGACAUUGCUCUCUGCGCAUGUUGCUUUUGC